AUGAGAACUGAGAAUUGGAAGCUACUUGGCCCGGCGCUUGAAAUUCUCAAUCCCAGAGAAAAGGUGGAAAUUCCAGCCUCAAAGCCAUACAUUUCAUUCAUUGGAAAUGUGAAUCACACAAACGAAACUGUUAUUACCUGGAACAACAAAGCCUCUGAUAAAGACAAGGAUGGGAAGGAAAUAGGAACCUUUAGAACAGCCACAGUCUCAGUAGCAUCCAAUUACUUCUGUGCGAGUGGGAUCACAUUCGAGAAUUCGAUAAAGGCAGCCCCUGGAAGCUACGGCAUGCAAGCUGUGGCAUUGAGAAUAGGUGGUGAUAGAGCCAUGCUCUAUAACGUUAGGAUUCUUGGAACACAGGACACACUUUUAGAUGACACUGGAUCGCACUUCUUCUACCAGUGUUACAUUCAAGGAGCUGUUGAUUUCAUUUUCGGCCAUGCAAAGUCAUUGUAUCUGGAAUGUGAGAUUCAUUCAGUAGCUGAAAAAUAUGGGGCCAUAGCAGCUCACCACAGGGAUGCACCAGAUGAUGAUACAGGGUUCUCCUUUGUGGAGUGCAAAAUCGCGGGAACAGGUUCCAUAUACUUGGGAAGGGCUUGGGGAAAAUAUUCGCGAAUAAUAUUUUCAUACUGUGACAUUGACAACAUCAUUACUCCCUCGGGAUGGAGUGACUGGAAUGACCCAUCUAGCCAGAAGACUGCAGUGUUUGGUGAAUAUCGGUGCACGGGCAAUGGAGCCGAUAGGAAGAAUCGAGUGCCAUGGUCCAAGUCUUUGAACGACAAUGAAGCAAGGCCUUUUCUGGAUUUGAGCUACAUAGGUGGACAGCAAUGGCUGAGCCUGUAGUCUUCUGUUCAAGUGUUCCACUUCACAUCUGCAUCCAAAGGCAUGGUGGAUACAGGCUCUUUCUGUUCUAGCUUUGAAGGCACUAUAAUAGAAUACUGCAGUUUUGAGCAUUUGUUUC